AUGCCAACUUACCCUAUCCGUCGCCGCCCGCGCGAGUGCAAGACCUGUCUACCAUGCCGAGCCAGCAAAGUCCGCUGCGAUCGCAACGUCCCCUGCGGCAAUUGCACCAAACGAAACUUCACCUGCUCCUACGGUCGUCCGUCCUCUGCGAAACCCGCCCCUCCUACAGUUGUCACUACCUCUUCCACCCCAUUACAGCAACCUAGCUUUGUCUCUCCCACGAUCCCCGCAUAUGCAAAUUCGGCUCCCACGAUCGAUGGCUCAUAUGCAAUCGAUCAUCCCUCGAGCGCCAGCGCAGAUCCGGAUUUACCGGACAUAAUUGAUAUCUCCCAGGAGGAGUGGGAUGAAAUCAACACCAAGAUGGUCGCAAUGGAACAGAUCCUCGGCAGUCUGCACUCGCUCUUCCAAACACACUCCACUCACAAGCCGCCAGAACCAGAGCCAGAACCAAUCGAACGAAAAGGUUCCAACCGGUCGGAAGGUGUCUACGGGUCGAAUGUCUUGAAGACGGGCGCGGUCCAUCUUGGGUCGCGGUCGGCCCUGGUUGAUAUUUUGGAUAAAUCGAAGAGGUCGGAGGACACAGCGCAGGCGCUGCCCCAGGAUGAUCUUCUUGCUGAGCUUGCUUUGGGGAAUGAGUCGGCUGCAUAUCCCUUUGUGGAUUUGUGGUCGUCCGAUCCGGUCACAUUCAAUAUUGCCGGUGUUUGUGCGGUUCUUCCAGAAGACGGACGGUGUUUGGAGUUCCUGGCGUUUUAUCAAGAUAUAGGAUCAGUUUUAUACCCAGUGCUUUCGGACAUCUCACAAUUAGAACAACAAACCAAACGACUUCUCAAUAAUCGACGACGAGCAGGGGGUGUCUAUAAACCCGAUGCCAACGGUUUAGUGAAACCGUUCGGGAUGCCGUUGGCUUUUCUCAGUCUGCUUUUUGCGGUUCUUGCAUCAGGAUGCCAGCUGUCUGAUAUCCCGGAAACCGACCGUGAAUUGACCUCAUGGGUAUACGUUUCCUGUGCGUAUCAAUGUCUUCGGAUGUUGAAUUAUGUAUCGCAACCCACUGUAGAAGUAAUUCAGAUUCUUCUCAUCAUUAGCAAUGUACUUUCGUACAAUAUGAAUGCAGGUGCAUCAUAUACUUUGCUUGGUAUGACGGAGCGAAUGUGUCUUGUGCUUGGGCUCCAUGUUGAGUCGAGCGGGUUCUCACUUGCAGAGCAAGAAGUGCGAAGGCGUGUCUGGUGGACAAUGGCCUUCCAGAACAGCCAUUUCUCACUUGCCUACGACCGACCCUCGAUCACCAUGGUCAGCCAGCCUGAAAUUCCAUUCGAUCCGAAAUCAAUGCCAGGUCAUCGCUCAUAUUUCGAGACUCUCUGUCGCAUUGUAUCCUUGGCUUUGGAAGUCCUGCGGUCGCGUAUGUAUCCCGGAUCGUCUCAGUUACGCGUCCAUGAGAUCCGUGAGUAUAAACAACAGAUCCAGCGCAUGCUCACUGAAGCGACUCCUCAUCUGCGGUAUCGAGACAGAUGUCGGUCUCUAGCCGAGCAUAUUGAGCGAACCGAAUUGCGCCUGCACUCUUCAUAUCUCCUCUCUGUCUUGUGUCGCGUCUCACUCGACCCACAUGCCCAUUUGGACGCAUCGCGUCGCGCAAUGAUCCGCGAAGACUGUAUCAGUAGCCUGAUCAACACAGUCGACGCAUUUGUCGAAUUGCACGAGAUCAAUUCCCACUGCUCACGGUCCUGGAUCAGUCUGCAGCGAAGCAUUGCUUCCGCAUUUUUGCUCGUUGCAAAUGACGACAGCCCCCAGACCUGGCAGCUGAUCGACAGGUUGGAGAUGGUCCUGGCGGACCAUGUCUAUGCAGACGGUGACACGGACCAAAACAACCGCACCGACUCUGCCAAGCAUCUUUCUUCGUCUCUCCAUGCUCUGCGUGAGAUCCGUGAGGCCUUCAGCGCUCGCACGGGUAGUUCGGCAGGGCAAUCAUCCAGCACAACAUAUUCCCCCCUUGUGUUGCCUUCCCCUCCCUCUCUCGAACCUAGCCCCAACAUGCCAUCAACCAUCAAUGCAGGUCUGCAGCCGAUGGAAGGUCUGAGCAUGCGGAAUAUCCUUGGUCGUGUUUCGGAUGUGAUGUUGUUCCCCAGCAUGAGCGGGGACCAUCCAGUAGUGUAA